CUUAAGUCACUCCAUGUAGUUAGCACAACUCCGAAAGCAGCAUCAGAAAACAAGAAAAGUUAUUCAAUCAUUUGAAAUCUUUAAAGAAACGCUUAAAACAUUCAAAAUGACUCUAAUUGUGCCUAAUUCAAGCAUCCCACCACCUAAUGAAAUAGAUACGACUCUCAGCGCGCGGGCAGAAACCUGCCAGGCGCGGUCUGCGCAUGUCUGCCCUUCUUGGUAAAUUAGUCAACGUCUUUCUUACCUAGCAGUUCAAAGUCUCUUGCAUUGUUUCUAUUUUUAAUUCAUUUUGUGGAGCAUAUGGGCAUUAUUUAGCGGACAAUACGCUCGGCUACGCCACGCUAGAAUUCAUUCGAGCUGCCUGUUUUAACUAAAAAAGAGAAUUUAUCUGAAGAGCUUUUGGUUUUUCUUGUUUAUCUCCUGUCUGUCGGUGUGAACCUGCCCUUCGCCCCUUGCUUUAUCUCCGGACUGUAACGUUACUGCGCCAUUUAAGCCGCAGGCUAGCUGCUUUUUUUACAGAAUACCCGUCCUUUUCACAACUUUUUAGUGCCCGAAAACUGAAAUUGGAGUGUUUUAGCCCCUUGCUCCCCGCGUUUUGCUGUUUUGAACGCUCUCUUGUGAACCAGAGGAGGGGAAAAGUUAGGCUCCCUGUCAUUGGCAGCUUUUAGCUUUCGUUUAGACCGCUAACACGGCUGUCUAGCUAAGUUAGCUUCUCUGACUUCACUCUGACUGCCCGUCGACACCAUAAGUAAGCGAAAAAAAAAACGAAACCUGUGAGCUGAAAUUUGGAUUCAUUUGUCUGUGUGUAUGUAAACUGUACCAUAGUUGGUGCGAAGUCACACGCCAAAAAGAUGACAAGUGUGAGUCUGACACGGGGUAUGUCCGUCCUGUCUGACGGUCAGUAGCUCCUGUCAUCCGAGCACUUUUGGACGCCGUGCUUUCACUGCUUAACGGACACAGAGCUGAACACAGUUUGUUAACAAGUAAUAACGCCGGAGUUUUCUGUCUGCUUCGCUCAGUUGCUCAGUUAGCCGGAGCUCUGUAGUUUUAGAGGGCGUUCACCAGGGUCCAGUGGCAGACGCUAACACUAGUUAACUAACUAACCAACUAACUAACAAGCUAACUGCAGUAGAGCUUAGCUGGCGUCGUAAUUACCACACGCAGGUCGUUGCCUGCUGCUGCCCGUCCGUCCAGCUAUCAAAGCUGCUUAUGUAACGUUGGCGAUUCCGCAUUCGACACCACUGCGAGCCGGCGGUUAGUCUGGAUAGUGCAACAGCUCUGCCACAGGGGUCUGUUUUCUGUUUAAGUGGACUAAAGCGGCCGAAUUAGCGCCUCUGUAAGUGCUUUUCUUUUUGACACGUCACUUUGAAACAGUCUCGGUUUAGGGUUAAUGCAGACCUCGGGUUAAAAUCUCCCGGCUGUUCGGGAAUAACGUUGCGCCAUCCGAGCCUUUCGCAGCGCGGCUAGCCAAGUGACAAACAUGCGGGGGAAGUAGAGGCAGGACUAGCUGGUCGGACUUCAGGUGGAGGAGAAAAAACAUUGGAUUAAAAUCUUGGAAAUGAACUUGUGUACUUCGUGAUUCUCAAGCAGCCUUUCCUGCACAUCAGCAGACACCACAGUCCGUCUCCGGUUCGUGCGGAUAAAUGAACUGCGGUUAAUGAGCCUUAUGGGGCACGACAGCGUCUAUAACGAGUUUAUAUGACGAAGGACAUGGGGAGCAAAGUUGAGAAGUGAGCUUCGAGAGAUGGAUCGUGGGCUGAAACACAGCAAUAAUCCGGACGAAAAUCUGACUUUAGGGGAGCGUACCAUGAGGGGCCUGCUGACAGACUUAACUGGCACAAUGUUGACCACCACUGCCUCUGGCGACAUCUCGAACGGACUAAACGGCAGUAAUGUUCAGAGGGAGCUCUCUAUAGCAGGACCAGCCUCAAUGGGACACAGCACUCAGGAGCCAGAUGCUAAGGUGUAUGUUAAAACCUUCACGAUGCAGCACCAGCAAAAGCAGAAGGAACCACCGGGACUUAACGUUGGGGAUAACUUUGCUCUCUUGGAUGAGAGCAUUGCGGACUUAAAUCGCACCUCUACCUCAGUGAACUCCAUCAUUCGGGCCCCUGAGCCGUUCGCUUUUAAAAUAGAGGAGUUUUCCCCUCUGGAUAAGGUCAGCUAUGACUUUGGGCCCUAUGGCCAGCCAGAAAAGGAUGUGGAUGGAAAGGAGAAACUGCUGGAAGAAAACACUCUGGACAUCCUGCAGGGUCUGGACCUGCCCAGCUCACCUUCGGAACUUAAUGAUUUCUAUGCGACAGAGGACACUGCCUUUCUUUCCUCCCUGGCAGUGGAGGACGCCUUGCUCGGAGACAGCAGCAACAUGUUGAAGGAUAUUAAGCCCGUUGUCACUGGCAACAGCGGAACCUGUAAAAAUGUGAACAGCAAUGGGAAAGAACAUCCACAGCACUUGCUGGAACCUGGUGUCAACAUGCCAGUCAUAAAGACGGAGAAGGACACUGACUUUAUUCAGCUUUGCACGCCUGGGGUCAUUAAACAAGAGAAUGAGAGAAGGAGCUACUGCCAGAUGUCUGGAAUGCCGGGGCCCCACGGAGGGCCACUAAUGCUGGGAGGUGUUGGUGGCAUGGACAGGCAGUCGUACCACUAUGGAGCCAACACCUCCUCAGCCAUGAGCUUACCUGACCAGAAGCCCAUUUUAGGCUUGUAUCCUCCACUGCCGACCGUUGAUGGCUGGAUUCGGGGCAAUGGAUAUGGGGACGCACCAGGAAUGCAGAGGCCCACCGAGGCGAUGCCCCAGCCAUGUCCACCCACCUACACUUACAACAGGUGUUUUUGUUUGCAUUGCAGCUCUGAUCAAAGGUCGGACGCCAGCAGUUCUAGCUCCUCUGGCCCGGCCCGACCUGGCGGCCCAACCCACAAGAUCUGUCUGGUGUGUUCAGAUGAGGCAUCAGGAUGCCAUUAUGGGGUCCUUACCUGCGGCAGCUGCAAGGUCUUCUUCAAAAGAGCUGUGGAGGGAUGGAGAGCACGACAAAACACAGAUGGCCAGCACAACUAUCUCUGUGCGGGGAGGAACGACUGCAUCAUCGACAAAAUCCGCAGGAAGAACUGCCCAGCCUGCCGCUUCCGCAAGUGUCUCCAAGCUGGCAUGAACCUGGAAGCACGCAAAAACAAAAAGCUGAUCCGGCUAAAGGGCCAGCAGGCUGUGGCUGACACAGCUCACCCCAUGCCCAAUGAACGAGCAUGUUCACUGGUGCCCAAGUCCAUGCCUCAGCUGGUGCCCACCAUGCUGUCCCUGCUCAAGGCCAUCGAGCCUGAGAUUGUGUACGCCGGCUAUGACAGCACCAUCCCAGACACAUCCACCCGCCUCAUGACCACCCUCAACCGGCUGGGUGGUCGCCAGGUCAUCUCUGCCGUCAAGUGGGCCAAGGCCUUACCUGGUUUCCGGAACCUGCACCUGGAUGACCAGAUGACCCUUUUGCAGUGCUCCUGGCUAUUUCUCAUGUCCUUCGGCCUUGGCUGGAGGUCCUACCAACAGUGCAAUGGAGGCAUGCUCUGCUUUGCCCCAGACCUUGUCAUCAACGAGGAGAGGAUGAAGCUGCCCUACAUGGGUGAACAGUGCGAGCAGAUGCUGAAGAUUGCCAAUGAACUGGUGAGACUCCAAGUGUCCUAUGAAGAGUAUCUCUGCAUGAAAGUCCUUCUGCUGCUCAGCACAGUACCAAAGGAUGGGCUCAAGAGCCAGGCGGUGUUUGAUGAAAUUCGCAUGUCCUACAUUAAAGAGUUGGGCAAGGCCAUCGUCAAACGGGACGAAAACUCCAGCCAGAACUGGCAGAGGUUCUACCAGCUCACUAAGCUUUUGGAUUCCAUGCAAGAGAUGGUGGAGGGGUUGCUCAACUUCUGUUUCUACACAUUCGUGAACAAGUCGCUGAGCGUGGAAUUCCCAGAGAUGCUGGCCGAAAUCAUCAGCAACCAGCUUCCAAAAAUCAAAGACGGGAGCGUCAAGCCACUUCUGUUUCAUCAGAAAUGACUGCCUUAUACAAAAAACACAACAACAAUGCCUUAACGCCACCCUAAAUCCCCACCGCUAGCCUAACGGCCCUGAUUACUGCCCUGGAUAGGCCCUCAGCUAUCACGGAUCAACUGAGUGAGAUCGUGAUAUACAUUCUUUUGUUUGGGUGUCAUUCCUAGAGAAUGGGUAAAGCUUGCUUUAGAGAGCAAGAAAGAGCAGAAAAGAAAUAUAAAGAAUGUUUGUGGCACAAUUAAGGACAGAAUGAACUCAUUUUUCAACUUUUUAUUUUCCUAAAUUAAAGUAUAACACUUUCUGCAUAGCAGUUAGACUGGAGCAGGCUAAUUUUACAGAUUUUAACAAGAAAGGAAUAUUUUCUAUUGAUUUUUAAAGUUAGUUUUUUUUGCAUGUACACUGCUGCAAUGUUUACAAAGGUAUAUCAACAAAAGGGAAAAUGUGCCUUUUUAGAGAAAAAAAGAAAAAAACUCAGCUGUUUCUCUGUCCAGUGGCAUACAUGCUCUUCUGUUUGUUCGUGUUGUGUCUCGUACCUGUCACUGCUUUUUUUUGCCACUCCUCUUUGAAGCGGCCAUGUUCAUUUUCUAAAGCUGGCAGCUCGGAGUUGCUGAGGAGUAGGAGGUAAAACCCCGUAACCGGCCAUGAUAACAUCGUGUUUUGUGCCGUUUUAGACCUCUACACUGCACUUUAAAACAUUAGGAAAUGCUUUUUCUCUGCUCUCUGAGGUCUUUCAUCACGAACUACGUGCUGUUUAUGCUGUUACACAAUUCUCACAUCCCUGACACCAAGCGCUAAAUUACUUUGCUACCAUGGCCAAUAUGUCCGCUUCAAUUGCAGUCUGUUGUGUAAAAUUGGACACACUGCCCCCUAUGUGCAACGCCUUAUAAAUUAAUCAUUCUCUGCUCUCUGGUGGGCUCUAAAGUCUCUGAAAAGUGUCGAAUGAGUUUUAAGGAGUCAUUUUAAUGCACCUGCAGCCGGCCGCUUUUAAAAUCAAGCAGACAGACAGACGAUAAGUAAGGUCACUUAGAAUUCAGUUUAAGAUUAAUUACAGGUUUUGCUCGUCCUGCCAGUUAAGCACAGCUUCCUGUGAAAGUAAAAUUUCACGUUUUGAUUAAUCCAAGGCCGCUACCCUUUUACUGCUACCGUCCACAGUGAUCAAGUUAACUUGAGCUUAAAGGGAAACUCCAAAGAGCAAUGCCACCACCAAAAAAUAAUUGAAUUCUAGGGAAGACGUUUUGAACUGCUACAUGCUCUUCUAGGAACAAAAGUCUUACUCUUCAAAAGACAAAGCUGACCAGCAGUGCUGUUGUGAAAACAGUAAGGCCCAAUCCCAUUUCUUAUUUCUACCUGUACCCCUUGUUUUUGAGUGUCACCUUGCCCCUUGGAACUGAGUUACAAGGGUUAGUGGUUGAAAUCUUGCCAGAUGAAAUAGGACAACCCUCAAAUAAAAAAGAACAUCAUUACUUUAUUAACAGGCUACUAGCGGUGCUCUGUAGGCAACCCUGCCUGUCUGCAGUGAUAGCAAAGGAGGGUAAAGUCCAGCAACCUCACUGCUGGGCUUUAGGUACAUUUAGGGCAUCAUAUGCCAUUAAAGAGGGGGGAUGUGACAAUUGUUUAUUGCCCACCCCUAAUUCUUUGGUGAUAUGAAGCUAAAGUCAGCUAUUCACCAGCUUCUUGUUCUAAUUUUUCUGUUCUAAGUCCCCCGUUCUAAGUCCCAUUUAAGGUGGAGCAGGAAAUUUAGCUUGCUAGCUACAGAGACAUCAGCAGACUACUGAUUUUUAUGCUUGUUAUGAAGAAAAGGACCAUAAUACAUCCAAACUAUGAUAAUACAAUGGUUAUUGUAUAUUUUGACAGAAAAAAUACUUACAUUUGUGGGUUUCUUUGGUCGCUUGCACAGCCGUCUUGCCAGUUUUUGUUUAUUUCUCCUAACACUCUAUUUGGACUGUGCCUCUAAAAAACCUCCAUUUGGAGAGUCAUGUAGCUGUUCAGUUUUUUGUGACACGAUUGCAGCAACUUUGAGCAAAUGUGACUGGAGUUCUCCUUUAAGUCAGCAUAUACUUGGUAUUGCGUAACCUUUAACUAACUGUUCUGUCCCAUUUCACCUCUUGGGAGCAGCACUGCAGCUGCAUUCCUGUUUCGCUGUGCUUUUGUUUGAAUCUUCCUGCUGAAGCCUGUUUUGUCGUGUCCCUUUGUUUUUGUGCUGGAGUCGUUCUGCAGGGCUCGUCUUUUUUGGAAGUCCUUUCCCCCACGCCUGCUUUAUGAUUGAAAGGUGUUUGGGGUGUCUUUUGGCUGCUUUUUUUUCUUUUACCCCUCUCCCAUCUCAUGCCCUUUUGUGAGCUUCUGAGUGCCAAUCUAGUAAAGUACCAUUUUAUGGUGAUAUUGUAAACAGGGACAAAAGCUGCAUUUGCUUUCCUUUCCGCUCAGGCCUGCAUUCGUUUUCCUUGCUGUGUGAAAAUCUCCAGUUUUCACAUGCUGCUGUCUUUUUUAACGAAAUUGCACCAGCGAAGACGUUACAUCACAACCUAAAGCCCACUCUCACAAGCCUAUUAAUAACAGCCUUGCCAUGAUUUCAGUGUGCACAUUCAUUCAUAACGCGUUCAAGUAUUGUAGAAUGCUUUUUUUCAUUGUGUGACAAGCGCAUUUCUGUGUGUAACGAAAUAUUCCCUUUCUCCAAGAGUACUAACAACCUAAGCCAAAAGAACAUCUGCCUUGUGAUUCAGGACUAACAAAUCUUAUACUAUUAUUCUAAAAGAGAAAAAAAGAUGAAUGAAUUCUGUCCAACAUGGUGCACUACAUUACAUGUACGUCUAACAUGUUUUAGGUUUAAACCCCUUUUAAAAGUUGUUUUAUCGUUAAAUGAAUCCCAUUUGCUGAUGUUUAUGUUUAGAGUCACUGUUAUGACCCAGCUCGGCCAAAUACAGUAUUAACAGGCACGUUUUGUCUUCAGUGCUGUGCAAAAGACCACCCUUCAUUUAUUUUAUUUCCAGUCAAAAUAGCCAUUAAGUACAAAGUGUUUGUUUUUCAGUGUCAGGAAAGGAGGAGAAAACAUAUGUAACAGAAAAUUACACAGAAGCAUCAACAACCGAAUAUAAUUGACUUUUUUCAGUAUUUCCACACGCCUUGCUUUCUUUUCUUGCUUUUAGUUUUUCAAAGAAACCCGUAGGGAUAUUUUUCUACACCUUUAAAGUUCAGUCUUAGAAGUUGGUUCCAUUUUCUGCUUCUCACAAUCCAACAUAUUCAGUGACGUUGACGUUUUGGCCAGUCCAUUGUUCUGAGAAGACCAGUAGCUUUUUGUUAUCUCAGAAACGGCUUCUUGACAGCUACACAUCCUGUCAGACUCAGUGUUAAAAUGUCUUCUCAGAGUGGAAGGAUGGACAGAAACACCUGUGGACUUUUUCAGAUCUGAAGAAAUAGUGGAGCACGAUUUCUUCCUCAAACAUGUCAAAGGCGAGAGCGUUAAGUACUGUUCAUCUUGUGGUUGACAGUUAAUGAGGUUUUCCCAGUUUGGUUUUAAUGUUACUUUCUCUUUCCUUAUGUGAGUGGAUUAUCUUGUCUAGUCUCCUCAGAACUAUCUCCUGAAUUAUGAAUGGCCAGGAGUGAAUGAAUUUGCUGGAAAUGAAAUAAACAAAGGGUGGCCUCUUACCUUUGCACAUUACUGUAUAUGUAACCAGUUCAUGGUGUUAAAUUUGGCUGAGCUUAAAAAAAGAAAAGAUCUCACACAUUGCUGAGAAGGUUAAAGUCUUUUGGCUUACUUUCACAUACAGUACAGUGUUAGCAGGACUCAUGCACAUUAAACAUCUUCUGGACGAAAUGGACAUUCGGUGUACUGCAUACAGUGAAGUCCAUAACCUGUAGCAUCCCAGCACAGAGAUAUUUACAGAGUAUUUUGUGAGAGUUUAGUUUUGCAAGGGCAUAUUCCGCAGCGGGCCUGUGAAAUGUUUUAUUUUCCUUAGCUGUUUCACAGUAGGCCUUGCUAAAGGGAGACUGAGAGCCAUAAAAAGUUUUGAAUUCAGGAGUACUUAUCCAGUAACAAUCCUAGAAAAUCGAAUCCUCAACAAUCUUUCACUAAUUUGAGAUUUAAAGAAUAUUAGAUAAAGUCUGUUUCUGUAUUCAAAUCCUUUUACUACCGAGAAGAAUUUUAUUGCAUAAGAUGCUUGUAUAAUUUGUGUUUUGUAAAAUAAAAAAACAGAUAUAUUGCAAAUUUACUUUAAGAAAAAGUGUUAUAAUGUUUGACUUGUAAGUAAAUGUAAAUUCUAUAAAUCAAUAGGAAAGAUUUAAGAGAGAUCACUGUGUUUUUAAAAAAAAACAAGAGAUUGGGAUUUUAAGCAGAGAGGGGCGAGGGACUGGAGCAUAUUUUAUAUCGUGCAACAGAGUGACCAAAGCAAAGUAGAUUAUUAUAUAACAGAAAAAGAAAAAAAAGAAAGAAAGAAACUGAAGUGUUUAAAGCAGUUACAUUUUACAGUAGCACUUAUUAUCCAACUCUAGAAUGUAUUGUUUUAUCUACUUUUUCUAUUUCUUUUGUAAAGGUCUAGGCUUUGGUUUCAUGUAUAUUGCUGUGAAAAAACAAAAAAAAGAAAAACAAACAAACAAAAAAUUAACUGUGUGUGAAAGUAAUGUACCAGAGCCUAAGGAUUUGCACUACCCUAAUACUAGUCUAAAAGUCUAUUUUGUACAAAAUCCAUGCAAAUAUUAUCUUUAAAAUUAAGGGCAGAUCAUAUUUCACUCGUGUAUGGCUUACAUUAAAGUCUGUUCUGUUUGCAUUUCAGUUAUGUAAAUGUAAUCCAAUGUAAAGAAUAAUGUCUAUUUGUUUAAAAAUAGUUUUGUAUUACACUUAAGUAGUCAAUGUCGAUCUUCACACAUAUUUGAUUAAAUGUUGAACAAAAGUCA